ACUCUCCCAAAAACUCCCAAAAUCUUUUGAUUUAUCUCUAAAUCCAUUCAAAGUUUGGAUAGAUCACAACAACACAAGAAGAGAUUUUCGGAUUUGAAGUCUUUAUCAAGAACUGAAGGGGAUGUUUUCGAAGUCGAUUCAAAUGAGAAGUCCUAAUCUUUAAAAGGUGCGGUUUGGAUGCUGUUUUGAGAACGUCACUGACUUACCAAAACAUGGGAAGAAGAUUUUGGGGAUGUCAUAAAUUUGAGGUUAGGAAGGUUGGGAAGGCUGGGAAUGCAUGCGAUUUCUUCCACUUUCUUGAUGGUGAUGAGGUGAUUGAGGGAAGAGCCAAGGAUCUCCUGCUGCGACUUAAAGAUAAGCAAAUUAGGCUUGAGAAAGAUAUUCAAAGUUACAAGGAAGAAAACGAAAAUCUUAUGGCUGAAAAGGGGAAACUGUUGCAGGAAAAUGCAGACUUGAUGUCCGAAAAUGGGAAAUUCCUGCAAGAAAAUGGUGACUUGAAGGUCCAAUGUGAGGCAUUCGUUAAGAAUAUCAAAGGCUUGGAGAAGAAAGUGAAGAUGAAUUGCAUUAACAUUGUUGGGAAAACUGGGAAAAUGACAGGAUGGGACUAGUGUCUUUUGUGCAUUAUUUGCCUUUUUGCCUUUUUAUGUAAAAGGAAUGUAAUUUGUUCCUUAUAUAAAUGGCACAUGGUCUAUUAAUUUGAUCUAUUCACUGUACAAGUUUAAUUUCAUACUAGCAAAUACACAGCAAAAUGUAAU